GAUGUUUGACACACAAGUUCCUGUCUACAUUUCCUUGUCUUCUCAAACAAACACAUUUGGGUGAAAGAGGCCACAGCAUUCAACAGAGGAGAACACAUAUGAACCAGAUUAAGAAGGAAAGCUUCACUUUUCCACUAAAAGCUCUAGUUCUCUUUAUGUAUUAUGAACCACAACGUCAUCUUAAAAUCCCUCUUAAUGCUUAUGUUCAUUUUGCAAGUGCGGCUUGAUGAACCAAACUUGGCAUCAAAGGUAACAGGAACCCUGGGCAAAGAUGUAAAACUCAAUUUCAUCUUCAAGAACAUCUCCAGAGAGAACAUCUCAAGUGUUACACUUAACAAAGGCGAAAAAGUCAACAAAAAGAUCUCUGAUUGUGUUCAGCAGGGUCACAGCAACUGCUCACAAAACCAGCACUGCAUCUUGAACGUAGCUUCUAAAGAGGCUUCUUUCUGCAUCCAAAAUCUGACAUUAGAACACGGUGGAGUUUAUUGGGCUACUUUAUUCUCCAAGAACAAACAAACCCCACUACUACACAGCAACAAGUUAUCUUUGCACCUGAACAUAGAGAACCAUACCACAGUGCCUCCACAAAGCAUUCACACCACAGAGGGUCCCACCACAAGCAACAUAAACAUAUUUUACAUCAUCCUUGCUGGACUUGUAGUGCCAAUAAUUGUGUUCAUCUCUGGACUGCUUGUUUGGUUCUGCUGGAUCCUUUUGCACUCAGAUCCCAGCCAGCAAAAUGACCUUGCAGCAAAGUCACAGAUGACAGAGGAGAAUUCCAAAGCCACUGUUGCUGUGCAUUCAGUGGAGUAUGGCAUACUGGACUUCCACAGUCACCACACGGGAGGAGAGGGCCCCAAUCAUAGGCCAGACAUCGUGAUUAGAUCUACAGAUUCAGUCGAGUAUGCAGCCAUCACCUUCCAACGACCACAACAGGGGCUUGUGGGAGAUAAGGCCGAUUUGUACAGCAGCACACAUCACAUCAUUUGAUGAAGGUUGUGCUGCACGUGUGUUUGGAAACCCUUUGAGACCGGAAUCAUUCUUCAUCACUAGAGAACAGAAGUAGAAAAGAGAUGUAAAACCACAACUGACCUCAGUGUUAAGGAAAUCCAAUAGCUAUGCUCUGUAUUCAUAUUUCUCUUCAUGUGACUUUUCCUUUGUUUGUGGCAUGCUGCACUUCAUACAUUCAUAUAAUAUACUAUACGUAACCUCAACACAAGUUAUUGAGAUUUAUACUUUGAACAACGAUAG